CAAUGCAGAGUGUAGAUCAGAUGAGCCAAGAGCUGAAACGAGGAUUAGAGGAGAGGAGAGGAGAACUGGAGGGGACACAACACUGCUGGGAUCAUAGGCACACUAUCAGUGCACACAGACAUCCCAUCUACAGACAGCACAAGUCUCUACAACCUGCACCCUUCUCCAUUCUCUGCACCAUCCCACUACUAGAGACUGGCAGGAUGCGUCUGAUCCAGAACAUGUGCACUAUCAGCGAGUGCCCACCGGCUGCCAGCACCGACUCAGCGGGCACCAGCAAUGGCAGCAGCAGAGUCAUCAAGAUCGCAGUGAUUGGGGGCAGUGGAGUGGGCAAGACAGCUCUGGUGGUCAGAUUUCUCACCAAGCGGUUUAUUGGCGACUACGAACGAAAUGCAGGAAACCUGUACAGCCGACAAGUGCAGAUCGAUGGAACGAAUCUCGCCAUCCAGGUGCAGGACACACCAGGUGUUCAGAUACAUGAGCAAAGCCUGGAGUGCAACGAGCAGCUUAACAGGUCUAUCAGAUGGGCAGAUGCUGUCGUCAUCGUCUUCUCAAUCACAGACUGUAAGAGCUAUGAACUUAUUAACCACCUUCACCAGUACGUGCGCCAGCUCCAUCCUGACAACAGAGUUCCUAUUGUUAUUGUGGCCAACAAAGCGGACUUGUUGCACCUCAAGCAGGUGGAACCCCAGCACGGACUACAGCUGGCCAACAUGCUGGGCUGCACAUUUUAUGAAGUCAGUGUCAGCGAGAACUAUAUUGACGUGUACAACGCCUUUCAGGUCCUCUGUAAAGAGAUCAGCAAGCACCAGGUCACCAGCACGCCGGAGAAGAGGAAGAACUCUCUCAUCCCACGACCAAAGUCUCCAAACAUGCAGGACUUAAAAAGACGCUUUAAACAAGUCCUGUCUGCCAAAGUGAGGACUGCUACAUCUGUCUGAAGAAUGUCUGCGGCAGCUGUUGUUUUUGUUCUUCCAGAGAAUAAAAGAGAGCUCUGAAGGUGCUAACAUGGAUUAACUUUGACAUUGCUGGCUGGGAGGCUGCACAGACAUGAGGAGAGAGGGUGUUAAAGUGGCAUGCAGGAGCCAAGCUGAACAAUGGAUUAAGUGGCAUAUGGACAUCAAUGAAAACAUUUCAGGAAGAUGACUUGUGGAUACCUGAAAUGUGGGAUGAAAUGCAAUGAACAUUUUGUGGACUCAUAAAUGGGAUUCACACUAAAUACUAUUGUAGUGGGAAAUUGGAGUAGGAAAACAUCCCCCUUUUAAUUUUACCACAGUGUAAAUGUCAUGCUUGUAUUCUUAUACCCAACAAAGUGCUGUUUUCAGUGGAUGAAUGUCGCAAUGUCCAUGUCUAUAAGAAGAUACUCUGUCUGGCAGUGGUACUAUGACAGUAGACAGAUGUGGCUUUGACUCAUAAUAUAUCUCCUAUACGUAGGGUGUAUUUAUGUGACAUCACAUGAAGAGUUUUCAGAGCAGUCUGUCUGUAAGGCAUUGUGUAAAUGUUCUUUGUAUCUGCACUUUCCUUCCCUGCGGUAAAAUUCAUGUUCUGGGGGCUUACAUCUUCAGACAUUAGGGGGCGCUAUGUUUCAUUUUGAUUUUACUACAGGAGGUACGCGGCUGAUGAACCGUGGAGUUAGCCAAUGAAGAUCAAGGUUGAGGCUGACAGAUUUAUGAAUUGCACUUUAAAAGCCAUUUGUGCUUUUGCUUUGUACAUUGUAACUUAUUUAUUUUUGUGUACAAUAAAUGCCCAAAGGGCUAACUUUUUAACCAA